AUGGUCAGCACGGAGGCAGUUCCUGUGGACACUGUUCAAGCUCUCAACAGAAGGGGUGUUGUUCAAAUGAACAUUCCAAAUGUGGUCAUCAUGUGUCCGGUUCAGGGCAGCCAUCCUGCUGUGAACAACAUGGAACAAAUUCAAGACAGUCCUCUGGCUUUAAACAACAUGGGCAUGGAUCAGGACAGUCUUGCUGUGGCCAGCAUGGUACGGCAUCAGGUCAAUCCUCAGGUUGUGGUCAACAUGGGCAGCAUGCGUCUGGUUCAGGUCAGUUGUCUGGUUGCAGUGACCAAAGGUCUGGUUCUGGUCAGUUAUCUAGUUCUGGGCAGCAUGAGUCUGGUCCAGGUCAGUCAUCUGGCUAUGGGGGACAGGGAUCUGGAUCUGGUCAGUCAUCUAGCACUUGGAAACAUGGAUCUGGUCCAAGUCAGUCAUCUGGUUAUGGGAGGCAAGAGUCUGGUUCAGAACAAGUCUCAUUCAGGACAGUCAUCUGGCGUUGGGCAGCAAGGGUAUGGACAUGGUCAGUCAUCACCAUAUGGGUCUGGCCCAAGUCAGUCUUCUAGAUAUGGGAGACAUGGUUCUGGCUCUAAUAAGUCAUUUGGCUCAGGGCAAGAGUAUGGACAUGAAGAAAUUCACCAUGGAGAGUCAAGCUCCAAAGGUCAGGGAAGACAGGGAACACCCAAAAGACAGUCUGGAGACAGCAGUAGAAAGCCUCAUUCUAGACAAGAACAGCCCUCUACUUCAGGGCGUUCAAGAACACCUAGAAGGACACCUGUCCACAGUGAAUCCAGUGAGAGUGAAGAACACACAGUAGUUUCUAGGAGACAAUCUGGAUCUCCUCAGAAUCAUGGUGGACAUCAGCAUGGAGAGUCAGGGUCAGCAGGUUAUGGAAGCCAGGGGGGUCCUCAAAGACAAUCUAGGGACAGCAGUAGACAGUCUCAGUCUGGGCAUGAGCAGCCCUCACAUUCAGGGCCUUCAAGAAGACCAAGACAGACACCUGUUCAUCCCGAGUCUAGUAGAGGUGAGGAACACUCAGUAGUUUCUAGGAGACACUCAGAAUCUUCUCAGGGUCAUAGUGGACAUCAGCAUGGAGAGUCAGGAUCAGCAGGCCAUGGAAGCCAGGGGGGUCCUCAAAGACAAUCUAGGGACAGUAGUAGAGAGCCUCAGUCUGGGCAUGAGCAGCCUUCACAUUCAGGUCCUUCAAGAAGACCAAGAGGGGCACCAGUUCACUCUGAGUCCAGUGAAGGUGAGGAACACUCAGUAGUUUCAAGGAGACACUCAGGAUCUCCUCAGGGCCAUGGUGGACACCAGCAUGGAGAAUCGGGGUCAGCAGGUCAUGGAAGCCAGGGGGGUCCUCAAAGACAAUCGAGGGACAGCAGUAGAGAGCCUCAGUCUGGGCAUGAACAGCCAUCACAUGGCGGCUCUCAGAGAAGACCGAGACAGACACCAGUUCACCCCGAGUCUAGUAGAGGUGAGGAACACUCAGUAGUUUCUAGAAGACACUCAGGAUCUUCUCAGGGUCAUAGUGGACAUCAGCAUGGAGAGUCAGGGGCAGCAGGUCAUGGAAGCCAGGGAGGUCCUCAAAGACAAUCUAGGGACAGCAGUAGAGAGCCUCAGUCUGGGCAUGAGCAGCCAUCACAUGGUGCCUCUCAGAGAAGACCCAGAGGGAGACCAGUUCACCCUGAGUCCAGUGAAGGUGAAGAACAUUCUGUAGUUUCAGAAAGAAGUUCAGGAUCUCCACAGGGUCAUGGUGGACAUCAGCAUGGAGAAUCAGGGUCAGCAGGUCAUGGAAGCCAGGGGGGUCCUCAAAGACAAUCGAGGGACAGCAGUAGAGAGCCUCAGUCUGGGCAUGAGCAGCCAUCACAUGGCGGCUCUCAGAGAAGACCAAGACAGACACCAGUUCACCCAGAGUCUAGUAGAGGUGAGGAACACUCAGUAGUUUCUAGGAGACACUCAGGAUCUUCUCAGGGUCAUAGUGGACAUCAGCAUGGAGAGUCAGGGGUCAUGGGAGACAUCAGCAUGGAGAGUCAGGAUCAGCAGGCCAUGGAAGCCAAGGAGGUCCCCAAGGACAAUCUAGGGAGAGCAGUAGAAAAUCUCAGUCUGGACAUGAACAGACCUCACAUUCAUGGCCUUCAAGAAGAUCAAGAGGGGCACCAGUUCACUCUGAGUCCAGUGAAGUUUCAGAAAGAAGUUCAGGAUCUCCACAGGGUCAUGGUGGACAUCAGCAUGGAGAAUCAGGGUCAGCAGGCCAUGGAAGUCAGGGAAGACCUCAAAGACAAUCUAGGGACAGCAGUAGACAGUCUCAGUCUGGGCAUGAACAGACCUCACAUGGUGGCUCUCAGAGAAAACCCAGAGGGAGACCAGUUCACCCUGAGUCCAGUGAAGCCCUCACAUUCAGGAGCUACAAAAGGUCCAAGAGAGACACCUGUUCACCCCGAGUCCAGUGAAGGUGAGGAACACUCAGUUGUUUCAAGGAGACACUCAGAAUCUUCUCAGGGUCAUAGUGGACAUCAGCAUGGAGAAUCAGGGUCAGCAGGUCAUGGAAGUCAGAGAGGUCCUCAAAGACAAUCUAGGGACAGUAGUAGAGAGCCUCAGUCUGGGCAUGAGCAGCCAUCACAUGGUGGCUCUCAGAGAAGACCCAGAGGGGCACCAGUUCACCCAGAGUCCAGUGAUAGUGAACAACACUCAGUAGUUUCAAGAAGACAUUCAGAAUUUCCCCAAGGUCAUGGUGGACACCAGCAUGGAGAAUCGAGGCCAGCAGGUCAUGGAAGCCAGGGAGGUCCUCAAAGACAAUCUAGGGACAGCAGUAGACACUCUCAGUCUGGGCAUGUGCAGCCCUCACAUUCAGGAGCUACAAAAGGUCCAAGAGGGACACCUGUUCAACCUGAGUCCAGUGAAGGUGAGGAACACUCAGUUGUUUCAAGGAGACACUCAGAAUCUUCUCAGGGUCUUGGUGGCUAUCAGCAUGGAGAAUCGGGGUCAGCAGGUCAUGGAAGUCAGGGAGGACCUCAAAGACAAUCUAGGGACAGCAGUAGACAGUCUCAGUCUGGUCAUGAAGAGACCUCACAUUCAGGAAGUACAAAAGGUGCUGGAGGGAUACCUGUUCACUCUGAGUCCAGUGAAGGUGAGGAAAACACAGUAGUUUCUAGGAGAUACUCAGGAUCCACUAAGGGUCAGGGUGGACUUCAGCAUGGAGUUUCUGGGCCCACAGUUCACAGAAGCCAGAGGGGUUCUCAAAGGCAAUCUAGGGACAGUAGUAGACAACCUCAGUCUGGCCAUGCUGAAGCCUCAGAAUCAAGGUUUGGGAGAAGUCCUAGGGAGUCACCUGUGCGCAGUGAUUCCAGUGAGCAUGAGGAACACUCAGUGGUAUCAAGGAGAUACUCAGGAUCCACUAAGGGCCAUGUUGGGCUUCAGUCCCAUAGAGACCCUAAAUCACAACAUGGAGAGUCGGGUUAUAGUCAUACUGCAACAGAUAGUACUCACUGGCAGUCAAGGGACCGUCUAAGCAAACAAUCAAGCAACGCACAUGUCCAGUCUGAUACAAGGCAUUAUAGGUCACAUAGUACUGGCAACCAAUAUAGUUCUAGUCAACGUUGGAGACAUGGCAGCUAUGGCCGUGAAGAUUAUGACUAUGGACAAUCAGGAUAUGGACCUUCUGAAGGCAGCAGAACUAGCAGUCGCAAUUCUAGUCCUUUGAGGUCAUCGCAUAGACCUACACACACACAAGUGUCAAGAUAUGGACAGUCUUUCUCUCUUUCUCACCAUCUAGGAUCCAAAGCAAAUGAAGGAAUGGGAGAGCUGGUGUUAAAAUAUAGAGAAGCAGAUACAGAUCAUGGGCAACCAGUUGAUCACUACAAUCUGACUGGAUCUAGUACAGGUGGAACUCUAGUCUCUAGUCUUGGCCAUUCUGGAGUAACACCUGAGCAUUUGAAUGACUGUGAUUUUAAGUACAGGUACAGUCUGAAAGAAAAACAAGAAACUACUCCAAACCAGCCAGUUGACCAAUCUGGUUUUGGCCAUAGUCAAUAUAUAUUAUUUCAGGACAAUUCGGAAUCCAGUUCAAUUGGAAAUCAAUCUGGAUUCAGCACUAAUAAAAGUCAAGUAUAUAACCAUGGCCAAUCAAAUGAUAUCUACCAGCUGUCAAGUGACAGUAGAAAUAGAAAUCAAAGAUCUUCUCUCAACAGCUCUCUUCAGAGCCUAUCCCGUAUGGGAACUGAAGAGUGUAACUAUUUACCAUGUGCAACCUCAUCAGGUGAGGGGAAACAAGGACAGGAGCCAGGAUCUGAUUCAUCAGGGACUAUCAGAAUAUAUAGUCAAUAUGUAGAUGACCAAGAGACAAGGGACACUGAAUCCAGAGGUUACCAUGAAAAGGGGGAAAUGAAUUCAGCUUCUGCCUACAUAGAUAGCAACACUCCACUAUACACAUAUGUCCAAGAACAAAAAUACCACUAUUUUUAUUGA